UACGCGCCUCGCGACACACGGCGGAGGAUGUUGGAUCGCGACACGGCGAUACAUCUCGUCGCCGGAGGAGUGGCUGGUACUGCAGGAGCGAUAGUAACUUGUCCACUUGAAGUAGUAAAGACCCGAUUGCAGUCAUCGUCUUCCGGCUUUCAUCCACCUCCGAUAAGCAAAGAAUUUACAUCUGGUCAUCCAACAUGCAAAGGUUCACCGACACCCGAGCAACGUAGGAGGCUGUGCACUGGAUAUCCUAGGUAUUCCAGUCACUUUGUAGCUCUUUCACAUUUCGGUGUGUCGACCUCACCUCCGGAUUCUUCCCGAAACGCACCAGGCAUUUAUCAAUGCUUAAGGUACAUCAUCAAGAAUGAGGGUGCACGAGGACUGUUUAAAGGCCUUGGUCCGAAUCUCAUUGGUGUGGCACCCUCCAGAGCUAUAUACUUUUGUGCGUACUCCAAGAGCAAAGUCGCAUUCAACGCGAUUCUACCUCCCGAUACUCCGAUCGUCCACGUUUUCUCUGCGUCCUGCGCUGGUUUCACCGCGUGUACAUUGACAAAUCCGAUUUGGUUCAUAAAAACCAGACUACAGCUGGACCACCGGUCACAAAAAGUCACAGCGAUAGAAUGCAUGCGGAGGAUAUAUCGACAAUCGGGUAUCCUGGGAUUCUACAAAGGUAUCGUGGCAUCCUACAUAGGCAUAAGUGAAACUGUGAUACACUUUGUGAUAUAUGAAGCUGUGAAGGCAUGGCUAGCUACACAUAGAUCGCGUGCUUCUCAAACAGAUGACAGGAAAACGUUCCGUGACUUCAUCGAAUUUAUGGCUGCAGGCUCAUUUUCAAAAACGAUAGCGUCAACUAUUGCCUACCCUCAUGAAGUCGCAAGAACCCGGUUGCGGGAAGAAGGUAGCAAAUAUCGCACAUUCUGGCAAACCUUGAAUACUGUAUGGACGGAAGAGGGCACAAGGGGUCUCUAUCGAGGCCUUGGCACUCAGCUGAUUCGGCAGAUUCCGAACACCGCUAUUAUAAUGGCAACAUAUGAAGCGGUAGUAUAUGUACUGACCCGACACUUCCGGCCGGUUACGGUGGCGACAUCCAGCACUGAUGUGACAUCGGAAUUCUACAACGAGGCUAAAGCGAAGAGAGAACUGGCCUAGGGUUUGCUUACGGCCCCCGAGUAAAGGGCCACCUAUCAACCAUUUCCCUUUCUCCAGUAGGCGAAUACUGCACAUAUUCAGGGCAGCAUCCUAAGAUCUAAUCGCACAUCUAGGCACAUCGAGAGCAGCUGGAAACGCGUUCGAUGCCCUAAUCAUUGCUCCAGGGGUACUCAAAAAGGUACCAGCUCUUUGGUCGCACUGUGCUCUAAAAGUAUAGCAAAAAGUAGUCCUUCCUCCUUUCAGAUAGCAUGUACAUAUCCAGACACGGACCCGCUGUAUCUCGCAGGGAGAGAAAAGGGGAAUUGAGGAAAGCAGAUUUUAUUUAGCGUCGGAUAGACAAAGGCUGAGACUUCGCUUCUCGUUCGCGAAAAUGUGUACGUGAAUAUCACAAAAAGUGGGCUUGUAUUGUGUUAUAAAAUUUGUUUAAGGCAAAUUAGUCUCUGCUCCAGAAACAAAACUCACUUUGAAUCCAAAACGUGUGAGGCUCAUUAUAAUAGUCAUUGUAGACUUUAGUCUCUGAGUUUUGAUUCUGAUACUGUUUUUUGUUCCACGAUUUACAAUUUUUCUUUUUAUCUCGCUCCUUUUUUCACUUUUUGUUCACAGACAA